UUAGAUUAAGUAAUUCCUUUUUUUUUCCACAUUAAUCCUUUCGUUAUGGUAAUAUUCACCACAAAUUCUUGUGUCUUUUGUAACUUUACAAUGUAAGCACUUAACUUUUGCAUUCUUGGAUACCUCACACUGACCCACACCGGCCAUCUUGAUAUCUUGAUCGAGUAUACCCAUAAUACCCACUGUCCCAAUAUUUCUCAUGCGUAUAACGAAGUAUAAUUCCAAACGUUUAAAAUAUAAUGGCUGAACUUAGUAGAAGUAAAAGUGGUGUGCAGCAAAAGAUCUACAGAACCGAACUUUGUAAAAUCAGGACUGAUCAACAGAAAAGAGCGUUCAAGAUUAUAGUUGUAGGGGAUUCAGGUGUAGGAAAAACCUGCCUAACCUACAGAUUCUGUGAAGGGAAGUUUCUUGACAAACCUGAAGCAACUAUUGGAGUGGAUUUUCGAGAAAGGACUGUUAAUGUGAGUGGAGAAGAUAUAAAAUUGCAGUUUUGGGACACAGCAGGCCAGGAAAGGUUUAGAAAGUCCAUGGUUCAGCAUUAUUAUCGAAAUGUUCAUGCUGUUGUUUUAGUAUAUGAUGUUACUAAAAUGUCUUCUUUUCAGUCGUUACCACAGUGGAUUGAAGAAUGUAACCAUCACAACUUGACAGAUGUCCCUCGAAUCUUGGUGGGCAAUAAAUGUGACUGCAAGGAAAUGCAAGCUGUAAGAACAAAUGCAGCUCAGAGGUUUGCUGACUUCCAUAACAUGCCCCUGUUUGAAACAUCAGCACGGGAUGAAACAGAAUGUGACAAUGUAGAAGCCAUAUUUCUGACAUUGGCCCACAAACUUAAGAAUCAUCGUCCUAUGAUGCCUCUGCCAGUGUUACAAACUAAUGGAAAUGGUUCAGAUGAAGAUCAUCACCAUCCUAGGAUCAGAUCUCUUGUAACCAGUGGUGUGGGCACCGUUGUUAAUGAUUUGGAUAGCUGUUGGUGCUGAAGAAAUUCUAUAUGGAAGUGUCCAAUUACUGGUAAAAUGGGAGGGACUGUAAACAUUUUGAUGCAUUUGAAAUGCAGAAGUAUUUUAUCUACAUAUUUUUCAGACUGUUGCUGUGAAGUUAGAGAUUAUAAGAGCUAUAUAAUUGUGCUGAUGAACAUUUAGAGUGGGCUAAGUUACAACCAGGACACUGAUGUGUAUCAUGCCAUUGGGUCCCACAUGAAAUAAUAUACCGAAGAUUCAAUGUUAUAUUUUAGCGUCCUGUUGCACUGAUUUAAAUCAUGUACUGAAGAUUCAUUAUAAAGGUAAACUGGAGCAGUGUAUAGAAAGAAUGAAAUUAUGCAUGACGAGUUACUUCACACAUAUAUGGGGCAACUUUUGUACAGUCUGAAAUGUAUGUGAAGUAGUUUAUUCAUUUCAUUACACUGUUGGUUUGAUUCAUGUGAAAUAAAUCACUCUAAGUGAGCCACUUGUUUGAGUA